GACACGAGAAGGAUGAACAGGCAGUUAACUACCUGGGGAUGGGGAUGGGGAUAUGGGACGAGAGAUGGAAAAGAUGACUGAUGCCCAGUCACGUGCGUUACGGUAUCGAAACCACCCCCUCCCCGACGCACCGCCCGCGAUGUGACGCGCUAAGCCGGAACAGGCAGAGAAAUACGGCGGGCGCAGUACGGCGGCGGUACGGCAAGUCACCUGCCCGCGGACUUCUCUCGUUCGGUCUCCCUUCCAUCCAUCGAAUUCUGGAUUCAUUCAUUCCAGCCAGCCAGCAGGCGUUCUGCACCUCAACCAAUCAGUCAAUCAUCAAGCAUCAUUCCUGGUUCAUCUUUUCCAUCGGUGUCGCGUGUUUUGUUUGGAGGAGCAUCGACGAAUCAUCGUUGGAUCUUCGCAAGAUCCAUCUAAGCAUCGCCCCCAAAAUACCCCGAUCGCUUCUUAGUCGGGUUGAUUUGGAUUCUCUUUUGCACAACGUGCCCAUUGACCCACUGGUUACUUCCGUGUCGCAUUACCCGCGUCACAUCUCCCGUGUUGCUGUGCUGGAUUUCCCGCGCAUAGUUGACGUUACCACCACUGCAAUCUUGGACCGGAAUCACACCGCCAGGGCAGCUUUAUCGUUGCAGCACUGCCAAUCCCCCACACAUGCUGACAUUGACUUCCUUCCCCGUUUAGGCUGCUGUGAAGCGAAUCGCUGCCCAGCAAGGCAUCCCCCCUGGAGCCAGUUGAUCGUAGCGUCAAGGGCUUGACAGCCAUCGCGCGCCGCAUCUGUGACGUGGUUUUUUGCCAACAGGGCAAUUAGACACAGCCAUUCUUUUCCAGAAUUCUAGUAUCCACCGCGCGUUACCAAACAGCUAAAAAUCAUGUCGUCGGCCUCCCCUUCUAAGGAACCUGAGGUGGACCCUGAAGUUCAAUCGGGUGAAGAGCAAGACCAAAUGGACAAGGAACAGCAAGACGCACAAGGCCAGGGAGAGUUCGAGGUAAAGGAGCAGGAUAGAUGGUUACCCAUUGCAAAUGCCAUCCUGCCCUACUACACUGCGCCGGACCCUUCUGUGAUCCCGUGCCGAUUUGUUCCCUCGAUGCUUUUUUUUUUCUCUCUC